CUACAGUACAAUAAGUAUGGCAUAUCAAAAGCCCAAGCUUCCCCGGCUCCAUUUCCACUCUCGCCGAGCUUAAGCUUGCUUAUUACAACUACAAACACCCAACAUUCAACGUUCAACUCACGCGUCUUAUACCAAUCUACAUACUCACCAGCAAGAGCAAGAGAGAACAAUGUCAGACCAACAUCUCAAACCACCUUCAGCGGCGCGUCCCUCCUCAUCACAACACCGCUCCUCAUCCUCAUCCCACCCCCAUCGCUCAUCCAACUCGCACGCCGCAUCUUCAUCAGCAUCCUCCACACCACGAGCACCUCUCUCCAUCCAUCCCAGCUCCGUCGUCGCAGACACCGCCGUCCUACAAGGCACGUACCAGAUCGCCAUCGGGGCCGGAAGCGUCAUCCACCCUCGCGCGCGUCUCUACUCUUUCGAAGGCCCCCUCGUCAUCGGCGACGGGUGCAUCAUUGGCGAAAAGAGCGUGAUCGGCUCCCCGCCGCCGUCCGCAGGAUCCCCUACAUCUCCUACCUCGCCUUCUUCUGAAGGAGGCGGAAUCGCAACACGUCUCUCUUCCUCAGUGACGAUUGCUCCGCUCGCAACUAUCCUUCCUGGCGCGUACGUUCGGUCUAGCGCCGUGAUCGAUUCUCUAGCCACUGUGAAUCGGAAUGCUGUCGUGGGGGCUCAUUCGAAGGUGUGUUCUGGGUGUGAGGUUGCUGAGAAUGGGCGGAUUGAUGAUUGGACGGUGGUUUGGGGAUCGGGGGUUGGCUUUGGGCAGAGACGCAGGAAGAGGGUGGUUGGGACAGUGACGACGAGUUCGAUAUCAAAGGGUGAUGUGCCAGAUGGCAGGGUGGUAGAGGAUGCGAGGUUACUCGUCCUGCAUAAGGAGAAGGAGGGCUUAGUCAAGUUGAUCGGGAUGUCUGCGGGUGGCUCGAGGAAAAGGUGAAUUGUUCUGCAGCUUGGAGAUUGGAGGGGAAAAAGGCUAUCAUUGAGAAGUCGGGGGGGAUUUGAUUCUAUUGCAGCAAGCAGGGCGGCUCUUCGGAGAGGACGAAGGAGAUUACGAUGCUAUGACAUUUGGCCUUAUAUUGUUUUGUACAGUGUUCAAUAUACCCAUAGAGAGAGAUUUGAUUUGUAUGUGCAUAGCUAUAACCAGGGCUACCGAUUUGCUGCUGUGGACAGAUAAUGAUACAAAAACAUGCUUUUCUAAGCCUGC